GAACGUGGCUGAAGAGUGGCCUGGGUCUCGUGCACCGGGAAGGCAGCCAGCUCACGUGGACGUACAUUGCUCCCCAGUUGGGAUACUGGGUGGCAGCCAUGUCUCCUCCCAUCCCAGGAGGAAGUGCUUGAAACCCCGUCAGCAUCACAGAAAAUUGCAACUUCCAGCAGCCUUGGAGAGCUCCAAGAGAGAUCAGUCAACAUCUAUGUCACACAUCAACUUGCUGUUCUCUCAUCGGGCAUCAGAAUAUCCUGGUCCUCUCUCUGUCUCCAGCCAUAACCGCCCAGAGGCCCCAGGGACGAAGGAACUGAUAGGCGGCAUGCACUUGGAGAUGAUGUCCCCCAGUGGAGAGGGGGACCUGCACACACCCAUGCUGAAACUCUCCUAUAGUACCUCACAAGAAUUUAGCUCCAGGGAGGAGCUCCUGUCCCACAAGGAAGAGGAUAAAAGCCAAACAUCCUUUGAUAACCUCACGCCAAGUGGGACUCUGGGGAAAGACUACCAUAAGUCCGUGGAGAUUUUUCCUUUAAAGACAAGAAAAUCUAUGGAAAGAGAAGGCUACGAGCCCUCUGGCAAUGAUGGCCACAGGGGUGGUUACAAUGCUGUGCUCCCCCAGCCUUUAUUUGAAAAGCAAGAUAGAGAAGGCCUGGCAUUGGCAGGGAGCAAACUCACCAUUCAGGAACACAUGUACCCAGCUCCUUCAUCCCCUGAGAAAGAGCAACUGCUGGACCGCAGACCCACUGAAUGUAUGAUGUCGCGAUCCGUUGAUCACCUGGAGAGACCUACAUCUUUCCCACGGCCAGGCCAGUUGAUCUGCUGUAGUUCCGUGGACCAGGUCAAUGACAGCGUUUACAGAAAAGUGCUGCCUGCCUUGGUCAUCCCUGCUCAUUAUAUGAAACUUCCAGGGGACCAUGCCUACGUCAGCCAGCCUCUGGUUGUCCCUGCUGACCAGCAGCUGGAAAUAGGAAGACUCCAGGCUGAGCUGUCCAACCCCCACACAGGGAUCUUUCCACACUCAUCCUCUCAGAUGCAGGGCCAGCCCUUGUCUUCCCAGGCCAUCUCUCAGCAGCACCUGCAAGAAGCAGGUACUCGGGACUGGGGUUCUCAGAACACAUCCAUGUCAGAGUCUCUUUCCAUCCCAGCAUCCUUGAAUGAUGCGGCUUUGGCUCAGAUGAACAGUGAGGUACAGCUCCUGACUGAAAAGGCACUGAUGGAACUUGGGGGUGGGAAGCCACUUCCACACCCCCGAGCGUGGUUCGUUUCCCUGGAUGGAAGAUCCAACGCUCACGUGAGACAUUCAUACAUUGAUCUCCAAAGAGCUGGGAGGAAUGGAAGUAACGAUGCCAGUUUGGACUCUGGCGUAGAUAUGAAUGAACCAAAAUCUGCCCGGAAGGGAAGGGGAGACCCUUUGACUGUCCAGCAGAGCCACCCACCUGCCCAGGAGCACCAGCAGAAAGAACCCAGAGCCCCGGACAGCACUGCCUACACUCAACUCGUGUACCUAGAUGACAUGGACCAGAGCAACAGUGAGUGUGGGACCACAGUUUGCACUCCUGAGGACAGUGCUCUGCGAUGCUUGUUGGAAAGUUCAGGUCGGAGGAGUGGGGGACAGCUGCCCAGCCUGCAGGAGGAGACAACCAAACGAACUUCAGAUGUUCCCCUGGAAUCAUUAGCCAGUCCCAACCAGAGAUCUGCCCAUGAUGAAGACGAAGAAGACGAAGAUGACGAUGACCAAGGAGAAGAUAAGAAAAGUCCCUGGCAGAAACGGGAGGAGAGACCCCUGAUGGCCUUUAACAUCAAAUGAGCCAUCAGUGAGCCCCUCACUAUGGAAUAUAAAGUUGCCAAAUAUCCUUUCUUACAGAAGCGCAUGCCUGUUCAUGGAGGAAGCGGAAGGCCAAUGGCCACGGAAGUAAAUGCUUACUGUGCUGACAGGGCUGUGCCCAUGGCAGAGAGGAAUUAAGGUUAUUACUAAGAAUAAAGGAUGACUGAUGGAUCCUGCCCCUCCCGGGAGGUGGCUGGAGACACAUCUGAACGUCAUUCCAUGGACUUGACUUGUGCACCAUCA